GAAGCAUAUGCAUGUUGCAGAUGCGCACGCCACCGUUGAUGGUCGCUGCCACCGCAUCCAAGGGGCACAUCUUCCUCGUACUUGCGCUGGCCAUGCUCUUGGCAAUGCUGCAGUCCAUGUCAAGGUACUUCAGCCUCGUCGUAAUGUCCGUCCUUGCCGUGGGUUGGCGAACGGCUGCUCAUUCACACGCCUUGAGCACACCGCCCUCCGAUGAAUGUUCGAUUCCACCGCCAUUGAACGAUCUCCAACCAGUUGAAGAAGCACAUGUACAAGGUUCGGCAGAGCCACAAGCACACGACGACGUGUGUGUUGGCUUGGAACACCUACGCGUGGUCGACGAAGGCAGCGCGACAAACCGCGGCAUCGCCAUCAACUCGGCAACGCCCGUUCCGUUCGAAAACGACUUUUUCCAGGGACAUGUGUACUUCCUCGUGAAGACAACUUCUCCGAACGCCACGUGGCAGCACCUGUUUGUCGGUCGGAAGCGCAACUUUUGGAUCCAGGUGCAAGGCAAGUUCAAGCGGCCACCGCGGGGCACCAUCUUCAUGGGCGGGGAGUUGCCUCGUUCCGUGUCGGUAGGUUUCCUGGCGCGCAGCUUGGCGCGCCUUGUGUCGAGCAUGAUGCGGCGCUUGCUCGGCACAACCCACGUCGGCUUUGGCGACGACGAGGAGCGUCCGCACUGCGUGUUUCCUCUCUUCCAAACCGUGGACGAGAUGGUGGUCACACCUGUGGGUGCGAUGCCGCCGACGCUAGGCCAAGCGCAGUUUGGCGAGACCCUCGUUGCUCAGCAACGUCGUAAGGCAACGCCGCUCGGGGGCGAAACGAUUCACGUCGACGCCACGUACACGUUUCAGUUCCACACCAUGUACGCGGACUUGGCCAAGUGGACCAUCGUCAACGUGCCCGGCAUGCAAGACGUGCCUCUGCGCACGUUUUUCCAGGACGAACCGCUCCUCUUGACGUGCUACGACCUCCGCCCCACGCCCAAGCACGACCACGCGGCCAAGCAGUACCUGUUCUGCUUCUCGAUCCACUGGACUCCUCCAUCCUCGUCAUCAUCCGUUUCCAGCACCGCCGCCUCCACAUCGACAUGUUCGCCGCCACACCACAUAAUAACCCCCUCCGCCUCCAUCGCCUCACCGUCUGUCACACCUCCAACAAGUCCCCUUCCACUGUGCAUUCCAUAUUGGCUCGAAAGACUCGACCGCAAUAAGAACCGCGUGGUGGUGUACCUCGUUCGAGAUCAGCCGCGGGACCGUGAACCCGAAUCAAGUCCAUUGAGGCAGCUCCACGAACUCCCCGCCAAGAUGCUGCGGUCGCGCUUCUCGCCCUUGUCGCAGAUUCACGCAACGUCCAAAUUGAUGCGGUACGAUGCGAUCGACAGCCAACGCUUGGUCGUCCAGGCCCACUCGAGUCUGCUGCACGAGGUCCCGGCCACGCCGUUUGCAUGGGUCCCCGCAUCCGCGUCCUCCCUGGGGGUGACCUUCCACAACCGACAGGCCAACGUAGUACUGCAGCAGCAAGUGGUGCGCGCCAUGUCCGAGUCACAACUUCGACAAGAGUACCUAGUAUUGACCCACAACGCCCUGCAACUGUAUCGCACAUUUUCGUCGACGAGUUGCGUUCAGGUUUCCUUAGAAAACAUCAUGGCGGUAUCGCCGUGGACACUGCCGCUUGGAGAAGGCACGGCGUUAGCUCAUGGCCUGCACAUCCACACGAACGGGGGCCACGUGUACCUGUGUUUGCCAUCGUCGCAGGCUCAAAACGAAUGGCUGAGAACGAUCGCCCACCAACGUUGUCGGCUGGACCCUUCAACCACAAAGUCCACGGCAAACAUCACACCCUACUCAAUUAAGUGGAUCGACGACUUGGUCCCCCCCAGUCGCACCGGCGUGCUCAAUGCGUUCCGGUUGUUUCGACCGUUGAAAAGGCAAACUGACUCAACCUUGUCGCAUGCAAAGGAUGAGGUCGCUGGGCUCGACUGCAUGGAGGUCGCGGACGCCGCCGUUCGCGCCGCCAAUGCCCUGGACACCCAACGCAAACGAAUGACCGAGUUAUCUGGCGACGACAACGGUAUGACGUGGCAGCACGACGUGCGUGCGUUUCUCGAGGUCGUGGCCUUGCUGCGGUGGGUAAAUGUCUCGACUUUGACGUGUUAUGACGCCAAAGUGGCGUUUUACUUGAACGUGCACCGCGUUUUACAGUGGCAUGUCGGCCAGCUCGCUCCAACCAAACAUUCCAAGCACGCCGCCGCCUAUUGCGUCGGGGCGUCGGCUACGCCAUUGACGCUGCAGGAGCUCGAGGGGCUCGCGCUGCGUCCCCGGCAUGCCGACGUUGUUAGCGCGUCGGACUUUCGCAUUCGGCUGGCGCUGCACAUGUCCACGUCACCCCUGCCUCGAUUCGACCCACGGAGACUGCAGUACCAACUCAAUGCGCUCUGCACACAGUACUUUCGCCACACGGUGGCCACGGACGUCCACCGCCAUAUCGUUCAACUGCCAGCGCUCUGCCUUCGCUUUCGAAUGGACUAUGGGCCCCAAGGUAACGGCAUCGAGUGCGCGAGGAAGGUCCUGGGGUUCCUAUCUAGUACGUGCGCCGAAGAUGUGCAGACCAUCCUCCUAGCUCACGACGAAGCGCCAGUGGACAUUCAGUAUGUUGACGAUGCCAACGUCGUUAUGGACGGAAACUUGGUGGACGACGAGUAUAUAGUAGAUGCAUAGUGUACGUAAAGUAGCUAGUAGAAGUUGUUGGAUUAUUUACAAAUACGGCUUGACCAUACAAAUAAAUGUGAUAGAGUUCAU